CAAAAACCACACCAUACCAACCAACAAACAAACCCAAAUUUCCAAAUAACACAUCCAACUACGUACUUAGAAAAAAAAGAUGGCCAAAUCUGGCAACUCCUCCUCCUCCGGCUUAGUUCUGGCGGCGGCUCUGCUGCUGCUUUUUCUGGCAAUAAGUAGGCCAGCCGAAGCCAGAACGUGCGGGGUCGACAUCCGCGGCGGCGGAAUGCAAGGACUACGUGAAGAAAGGGUCGAAGCAGUGACCCGUCGCCGCAGUGCUGCAGCGCCAUUGGGGAUCUCUUAAUCUCUUUAGAGAGGUCGGAGGCUUUGAGGAGGUUGAACUUCUCUGUCAACUGCGAUGGGCAAAUGAUUAAAUAAAUAAGAUAAUUAUUAAUUAAACACAUAUUAGGAGUGGGGUAAAUGAGGGGCAAUUCAGUCAUUUCACAAGUCAUUUAACAGCCACUUAACAGAUAAAUAAAUGGAAUGGUAGAAUCGUUACGUUUUAAUAAUAGAAGGGUAUGUUUGUGCGAAAAUUUAGCAGAGGAGUACGUUUGUUAAUUUACCAUAGUAGAGGGGUACAAAAUACUAUUAACCCUUAAUUAAAUUACUUUAAGGGG